AUGCCAGCCGGCCUCAGUCACCUGCUGGUGGCCUCGCUGAUGAUCAUCAACUGCAGUGCAAUAGAAGACUUGAUUGACGAUCACGAGCUGUUUUCGGAGUGGGAUAUCCCUACAGCGGAGGAGGUGGCCCACUUCCUCCUUUCAUCUCCUUCCCCGAAUCAUUCUCAUCCCACAGAUGGCCAAGAUGAUCUGGAAGUCCAGGCAGCUUCUGGAGCCUUGGGAGACGCCAGAAGUGUCCAUGCCUUUUGCAUCCCGGUCGUCCAGUCAAUCGAAAAUCGCCCGGCCCGCCAUCCAGUCGGUCCUCUCCAAUGGCAAUCCGAAGCGGACAAGCGGCAAUCCAGAUUACUACCACACACUGAUAUCCCCAUCCCCGAAGCCGCAAGGAAAAAUUUAAAACGGAAACACCCCCAGCCUUCGUCACCUCCCAACACGAGGGAUUCCUCUUCAGAGAUGGAUUCGCCAGUGUAUGCACCUCUUCUUUUUGUGCGCGAGGCUAGGGCUCGACAUCUAGCCACGAGAACCGGACACUCAAUCGCUUGUGUAGCUCCGUCUGGUUUUCAUGGGAGAACCGGACACUCAAUCCCUUGUGUAGCUCCGUCUGGUUUUCAUGGAAUGAUGGAGCAAUCCGGGCAUUGGAGCCCGCUGUUUCCCCUGAUGGCUUCGAGUAUAAGUAACCGGGAUCUAGUAAACCAAGAGGCUAAGUGGUUUUUUCAAAAAUCAGCCAACUCCAUUUCCGAGGGGCCUGCUGAUCCUCAGGAUAGCCUCAGAGUCGCUGAAGCCGGUGCAACCACAGAUUCCAUGCCCUAUUAUGCAGAACCAUUUGAUGUGUUUAGGUUUGAUGGAAUUAUGGACCAAUCCAGCGCUUCAAGCCCGGCCCUCUCCCCAUCAAUUACUUCACGUGUCGUGAAUCCAGCGCACCAGACGGGUACUUCAUUUCCUCAAACUAAAGCUGACUCCAUUAGCUCAUAUGAUGGUCCCAAGACACAUCCACCCUGUGCCAGGGCUCCUGAAAAAUUGGUGCUCAAUCCACAGAAAUUAAGCAGCGUUGCUCAAGCUCAGAGUCGACAGGAAUCUAGAUUAGAAAGAUUAGUGUUCGAUAGGGAAGUUUUCGAUUACCCUGACUCAUCUCUCAGAAACGAUCCCGCACGAAACAAGAUUCUGGAGCUGCUAGACUUAUUUUCGACUCGAUACUCGCAGGAAAAGCUGGUGAUGACGGAGGCCCAGUUUGCUACAUAUCAUUUCAAUCUCACUCGGGCCACCAAACCCUCUCAUCAACAACCCAAAAAUCAAACAAGUGAAAAAACUGAGGGGGCGACUAAUCCAGACUAUAUAGCACGCUUUUCUACCGCCCAAUCCAUCUUCCUCAGUAACAUGGAGCUCUGGAUAGCGCAUUGGCAGACGAUUCCCGACUUCGAAUGUCACCGGCUGGUCGAAAGGAUCCAUGACAGUAAGACGAUUCGGCAAAGAGUCCUUCCCUGUGCAUACAUUUGGUUUGUCGAGAUGAUCAGCACGAUUGUGCCCAAGUCCGCCGAAGAAGAAGAAGAAGAAGAGAAAUCCAUGGGCUCCGACCUGACCCUUGCAUUCCGUAUCUUCGAAACCACUUCCGGCCCAGUCGGUCACAGAAAGAGAAGAUCAGAUUCUAAGCAAGCAUCGGUUGUCCAGUCGAAUGAAUCCCGUCCCCACCAGCCACACAUCUCCGCCGAUAGCACUAUGAAGGCAAUGCUUUGGAGGCUGUUGGAGGUCUGGUUACGUGCCUCUCGCAAAUCAUUCUUCGAGGCUACUCAGCAUCAUGGCCGCUUGUCUCAAUCUAUGAAAGCUUUCUUCAACAACAUCUUUUGCUACUCCAUCGAAGCACUCACUGAUCGGUUCGGAACCAAAUGA